AAUAGUUCAAAAAAAAAAGAAGAUGAGAACUGUGAGUACCUUUAUUACUACUCCGUCAACAAUGGCAGCAAUAGAACCAACGGUAAAAACUACAUUUUCGCCGGCGGAGAGUUUUCAGAGAUCGCCGUGGCAUUCUCCGGCGGCGUACCUAUUCAUCGGUGUUGCAGCGAUGCUAGGGUUAAUAGCUUUUGCACUUGUAAUUUUAGCUUGUUCUUAUUUGAAACGCUCCGGCGAGACUAGAGACGGCGGCGAUGAUCUGGAAUCCGGCGCCGGUGAGAAAUCUGCCGGAGAUUUAUGUAAGGUUGUGCCGAUUUAUGAAGAGAAAAUUGUAGUAAUAAUGGCUGGAGAUUUGAAUCCAACUUUUUUAGCUACGCCAAUUUCGAGCAAAAGCUCUUCGUUUGGAGAUGAAAAUGGAAGUAAAAUCGAGAAGAAAUUGGAGAUGGAAAAUGGAGAAUUAGCUGAUGAGAAGCUGAAAGAUCAAGUAAAUAUGGACCAAAAUCAUGAACAAAGCCACUAAGCUCAAAAGGCGUUAAUAUUCACAUCAAAGCUCGAUUAAUUGAGAUUUGUACUUACACAAAUCCAUUAGGAAAAUACUCCCUAGUUAACGAAGAAACAACCUAUCCAUUGUACCAAAUUGGUUGACGGUUUUUUUUCUUUUUUUAAUAUUUAAAAAUCCUACUUUUAGUUAGGAUUUUCAAUUUUGACAUUUCGGAGACUGUAAUUUUUGU